AUGGCUUUCAUUCUCUUGCUUUUAUUGUCAUUCCUUCUCCAUGGAACUCAAGCUGAGAUCAUUUGCGAGGAUUUGCCGAUUGGCUUGUGCACUUUCUCAAUUGCGUCUUCAGGAAAACGAUGUGUACUAGAGAAGAAUGUAAGAGACAACGGAAACAUGGAUUAUCAGUGCGAUACCUCAGAGAUUAUUGUUAAAGAUAUGAAUGAAUGGAUAGAGAGUGAUGAGUGCUUGAACGCGUGUGGGCUUCACAGGAAGACGGUCGGAAUCUCUUCUGAUUCCCUUCUUGAGCCACAUUUCCUUGCCAGACUUUGCUCCGAUUCGUGCUACAAGAACUGUCCCAACAUUGUGGAUCUCUAUCACAACCUAGCUAUAGGAGAAGGUGUAUUUCUUGCAAACUUGUGUGAAGUGAGUAGCAAGAUGCCACGUCGUGUGAUGACUCAAUUUUUAAGUUCUGGAGCAGCCUCAGCCUCAGGUCCCGUUUCUGCUACGGCAUAUGGUCCAGAAGCUCCUGCUUCCAUAUGAAUGACUCAUAUUAAUAUCUUUGGAUUAUGAGAAAUAUUGUGUUAUGUACAUAUACAAACUUUUAUACUAAAAGAUUAUAGGAUACAUACAUGCUUAUUAUAUACUUGUGAAAUCUUGCACAUUUUAUAUCUGUUUGUUUCGUUUAUGUAUUAAUUACUUGUUGUUUAUCCAUGACAUUGAUUGUGUUGUGUUCA